AUGGACCUGGGCUGGGGAAGGGGGGCCUCCCCCUGUUCUGUCGACUGCUUCGUCAGAGGAAGGUGGGCCUGCAGAAGGCGGGGCUUGUCCUUCCUGGAGAACAAAAGCCGGUUGCAGAAGCUCCGCCGUUGGGGGUCAAGACCAAGAUGGCGGCGGGUCUGGAGUGGGGCGCCUGAAGACAGCGUGAGCCUGGGAGCUGUGCUGCCACAGUGCUAUUUGCGUUUCCAAGAGCAACAAAAAAUGAAGAAGUCUUUGUGUGAACCGAAACAGCUUUUGGAAGGCCUUAUUUGGUUCACAGCUAAAACCUGGAUCAUCGGGAGGAUGGAGUCAACCACCGAUUCUUGCGUCACUCUCUGCAGGUUUCUCUUGUUUCCUGUGUUCAUGCAGGUGUUAGUGUCUUUUGAGGAUGUUGCUGUGGACUUCACAUGGGAGGAGUGGCAGGACCUUGAUGAUGGUCAGAGGACUUUGUACAGGAAUGUGAUGCUGGAGACGUACAACAACCUGGUGUCAUUGGGGUACUGCAUUACCAAACCUGCAGUGAUCUUCAAGUUGGAGCAAGAAGCAGAACAAUGGACAAUAGAUUCCCAAAACUGGAGUCUACAAGGUCAGUAUGUCCUGGGCACUGAGGCUGGAAAGAAUGUUCAGAUAGUCAAAGCUCCAAUUACAAAAAGCCAAGAACGUCAUGAUACACAUUUGCAGGAUGUUGUAAUUACCAACAGCAAUACAUCAACUGAGGAGAAAGUUGAAAUAGAAGCAUUUCAUUUGAGCUCAAACUAUAUUUCAAAUUCAAUUAUAAAUAGCGAAAAGUAUUUAGGAAUGAAGUGCAAAGAGUUCAAUGUAUGUUUGAAUGCACUUCCUCCUAGAGAGGCUGAUUGGAUGCAUGCUGGAGAGAAAUCUGAUGAGGGUUAUAUAACUGGGAAAUUGUGGAGACAUUGUGAGCAUCUUAAUCAGCAUUCCAAGAUUCAUGCUCAGCAGCAGGCUUCUGAAUAUAGUGGACAAUGGAAAUCCUUCAACACAGAGCCAAUAUUAUUGGAACAGAAGAAAGUGUACAUGGGAGAGACAUCCUGUAUAUUUGAUUAUGGGAAAGUCUUUCAUAAGUCAGCUGUUCUUACCCAUGAGAUAAUUCCAGUAUCAGAGAAAGCUUUUCAGUUUGACAUAUGUUGGAGAAAGUUCUGUGAAAAUUAUGAACCCAAUGAACAGCAGAAAAUACACACAAAAGAGAAACCCUAUAAAUAUAGUGAAUGUGAUAAAUCAUUCAUGAAGAAAUUACCCCUUACAAUCCGUAAGAGAACACAAACAGGGGAGAAGCUAUAUUUGUGUAAUGAAUGUGGGAAAACCUUUCAUAAGUCCUCAAACCUCAGCAAGCAUGAGAGAAUUCACACAGGUGAGAGACCAUAUGAAUGUAGUGAAUGUGGAAAAACCUUUCAUGAGAAGUCAAAUCUCAGCAAGCAUCAGAGAAUUCACACAGGUGAGAAACCAUAUGAAUGUAAAGAAUUUGGAAAAACUUUCUACCGUAAAUCAUGCCUCAGUGCACAUCAGAGAUCCCACACAGGUGAGAAACCAUAUGAAUGUAAAAAAUGUAAGAAAGCUUUCAACCAUAAGUCAAACCUCAGGGUACAUCACAGAUCUCACACAGGUGAGAAACCAUAUGAAUGUAAAGAAUGUAGAAAAACUUUCUACUGUAAAUCACACCUCAGUGUACAUCAGAGAACUCACACAGGUGAGAAACCAUAUGAAUGUAAAGAAUGUGGAAAAACUUUCUACCGUAAAUCAUGCCUCAGUGUACAUCAGAGACUUCACACAGGUGAGAAGCCAUAUGAAUGUAGCGAAUGUGGAAAAACCUUUCACAGGAAGUCACACCUCAGCAGGCAUCAGAGAAUUCACACAGGUGAGAAACGAUAUGAAUGUAGUGAAUGUGGAAAUACCUUUCACAGGAAGUCACACCUCAGCAGGCAUCAGAGAAUUCACAGAAGUGAGAAACUAUAUGAAUGUAGUGAAUGUGGAAAAACCUUUCAUUGGAAGUCUAACCUCAGCAGGCAUCAGAGAAUUCACACAGGUGAGAAGCCAUAUGAAUGUAGUGAAUGUGGAAAAACCUUUCACAGGAAGUCACACCUCAGCAGGCAUCAGAGAAUUCACACAGGUGAGAAGCCAUAUGAAUGUAGUGACUGUGGAAAAACCUUUCAAGAGAAGUCAAAUCUCAGCAAGCAUCAGAGAAUUCACACAGGUGAGAAACCAUAUGAAUGUAAAGAAUGUGAGGAAACCAUAUGA